CGUAUGUUAGACAAGCAACCCCACGUGGGUGACCGGCUCGCACCUGGGCAGUGAACUGAGCUUUCUGCUGUUCCACCGCGAGCAUCCUUUGCAGUUCCGCAGCCUCGGCAGGAUUCGCUCCGGUCCCCGACAAAUCCAGAAACGCUCCUCCCUAUCCUGCUGUGUUUCCGGGUCAGUAGGUGUCCUUGGUGGGUAUUGGGGCAAAAUGGUAACUGUCUUGCGAUUGAGUUCCCUAUGCAGGGCUAAUAGAGCAUCUGCCUUUAAAUCUCUCCUCAUUAGACCAGUGCCAUGUUUGUCUCAAGAUCUUCACACAGUUCAGACUUCUCAAAUACAUACUUCCCAAAAUCACCAUGCGGCAUCAAAAGCUGCUUCUUUGCACUGGACCAGUGAAAGAGCAUUGAGUGUUGCUUUGUUGGGACUUUUACCAGCAGCUUACCUGUACCCUGGGGCUGCCGUGGACUAUUCAUUGGCUGCAGCAUUAACUCUCCAUGGACACUGGGGACUUGGACAGGUGGUAACAGAUUAUGUUCAUGGUGAUGCAAAGAUUAAGCUGGCCAACACCAGCCUUUUUGCCUUGUCUGCUUUGACAUUUGCAGGCCUUUGUUACUUCAACUACCAUGAUGUGGGCAUUUGUAAAGCCGUAGCCAUGCUUUGGAGUCUGUAAAUGGUCAGAAGACAAUUGUAUCACUCCAAUGGCAUUUAAAGGGUGGUUCACCUUUAAGUUAACUUUUAGUAUGUUAUAGAAUGGCCAAUUCUAAGCAAUGUUUCCAUUGGUCUUCAUUUUUUGUUUUUCAUAGUUUUUGAAUUAUUUUCCUCCUUCUGACUCUUCCCAGAUUUCAAAUUGGAGUUGCUGACCCCAUCUAAAAUCAAAUGGUCUAUAAGGCUACAAAUGUAUUGUUAUUGCUACAUUUUAUUACUCAUCUUUCUAUUUAGGCCUCUCCUUUGCAUAUUCCAGUCUCUCCUUCAAAUCAAUGCAUGGUUGCUAGGGUAAUUUGGAUCCUACCAACCUGGUGGCUGAAAUUGCAAACUGGAGCUAGUGAAUAAAAAGUUUAAUAACCUAAAAAAAACACAUAAUAAAAAAUGAAAAACAAUGGCAAAUUGUCUCCUCUCUACAUGACACUAAAAGUUAAUUUAAAGGUAAACACCCCCUUUAUAAUAUAGCUCCAAGAGCAGGCAAUAACAAAUCAUUUAUGUCAAGCCUGCGAAUUGAAGGUUAAAAUCAUUUGCCAGCUGGAAUCUAGUGCAUUUUUGUUAUUUUAAGGGAAACCGUUUAUUCUUUUGUCUGGAAGUUCAGUCAUUUAUGUUUGACUGUCACAGGAAUAAAGCUCUGUGAGCCAGUAAGCUGUUUUUCAUAGCACCAAAGCACUUAAAGCAAAUUUCUGUUCAAAGAAUUGCAGUGUACUAGUGGGUAUUGCCAUUUGUUGCCUCGUGGCAUGCGAUCUUGCAUUUUUCAUGUGACACACUUCAGUUGCAUUUGGACUUCUAAGAAAUGUUGCUUGCUUUUUGUUCUGUAUAUUUAAUGGGUUGUAAGAAGAUGCUAUCCUACUGCAAAUCUGUCUAUUAAAGAAACAAAAAGCUAAGGGUUGUAUCCAGUUCUUUAACAGGCUGACCAUAGCAUACUGUAUGCUGGCUACCUACAGUUGCUUCUGAAUGUCUCCUUUGCUGAAUGACACAUUUGCUGAAUCUCGGAUCAGUUUCUAAUUCUGUAAUUAAAUAAAUAACUAUGUUAUGAUGUUCAUGAUUGUUUUUGUUACAAUCUGAUAAAAACUGAUAAAAAUAA